AAUAUAUGGUCUAUGAAACGAUGUUGUGAUUUACUGACCUGUACCAGUGGAACAAAUUGGAUAGAAAUUUAGAACUUUUAAAAWGUGCGCUGCUCCUUUAAGAGAUCAAAGCCGGCGCUUCGUAUCCUAGGAGAAGUUUUGUUUACUUCCGGGUUGUCGCUGCUGAGAACACCAACACGCCCCGAACACCGAACAAAGCGGAUUAAAGUUCUGCGGAGAUGGCAGAGGAGGCAGAAGACGAAAUACCCGAGUCUGGAGCAGUUUUCACSUUUGGAAAGAGUAAGUUUGCUGAUGACAUGCCCAGUGUGUUCUGGCUGAAGAACGACGUUCCUGAGAGGAUCGCCUGUGGAGAUGAGCACAGUGCCUUGAUCACAGGAAACGGGAAGCUCUUCAUGUUCGGCAGUAACAACUGGGGCCAGCUGGGCCUGGGCUCCAAAAAGACGGUACAGAAGCCCACCUGUGUCAAAGCUCUGAAGGGUGAGAAGGUCCGGCUGGUGGCGUGCGGACGGAACCACACUUUGAUCAGCACCGAGCGGGGACACGUGUUCGCGUGCGGCGGGAACGGCGAAGGCCAGCUGGGACUCGGCGACUGCGAGGAGCGGACCGCCUUCCAGAGGAUCGGCUUCUUCCAGGCGCACGGACCAAUCAAGAUGCUGGCUGCCGGGUCCAACACCUCCGCUGCCCUGACAGAGGGGGGGAAACUGUUCAUGUGGGGCGACAACUCAGAGGGUCAGAUYGGGCUGGGGAAGCGGAGCCAGGCGACCCGGCCGCUGGAGGUCAGUGUGGGCCGGCCGGUUAGCUGGAUGUCCUGCGGGUACUACCACUCCGCUCUGGUGACAGCGGACGGAGCGCUGUUCACCUUUGGGGAGCGGGACAGCGGGAAGCUGGGGCUGCGGCCGGAGCAGCUGACAGGGGGCGAUGUGGAGAGCCUGAUAGACUGCGACAGCGUGAGAGGACUGGGAGAAACCACUGACUUCCUGAACCUGACUCAUGUGAUGAAGAURGAUCCCAGCGACAAAACCCUCAGCCUGUCUCCACUGCUGAAGAGGAAGGGUAAGCAUGCUCAGCCAAUCAGAGAGCAGACUGCUCAGSCAAUCAGAGAGCAGACUGCUCGACCAAUCAGAGAGCAGAGAAAGGACAGGAAGUUCUUGGCUAGCCGGGYGUUACACAYCCAGUUCCCGAAGRGCGGCGAMAUUCACUCUCUGUCCGCCCAGCACAAUCAGAACSAGAGGAGGAUCAGUCAGAACCAACAGAACCUCUUGUCAUUGGAUCAUAAGAACAAAGCAGUCAGACAGGCCGGGUCCAAAACCCAGCUGACUGGGACAAAACCAGCUGCAGACUGGGACAAGCAUCCAGAACCCAGAAGGAACGCUUCUAAGUCCGGUCCAGCCGGACCAGAGUCCAAAGCUGGUUGGCUGACCAUAGAGAGCUGUCAGCCAAUCAGUGACGAGAGAAAYGCUUCCCGCUCCAAACCAAACCCAGAUUCAUCAAAAAGAUCCAAAAACGAGCGAAACAAGAAGGAAGCUGCAGUCCAGAGGAAGCGCUCAGGUGGGAGUGAUGCGGUGGAGACAGCUGAAGAAGAGGAGGACAGAGCUGGUGAUGAAGAGCAGACUGGGACAUCUUCGUCGGCAGAGAGUCCAACGGUGGCGGUACAAGCUGUUUGUGCCCAGGAUGGGAGGGGUCAGUGGCAGUGCAACUGGCCUUCCUUUGCCGUCURCCAGUACAUAUUAACUCCAGGUUUGCUGAACGCAGAGCCAGCUUCGCAUCCAAUCAGCAGCGAGUCUGGAGGAGCCACGCCCCCUGAAUGCUCUUCACCGGGAGGAGCCGAGGUCAGAGGUCACAGCCCCGCAGCAGAGCAGUCAGGAAGUGAAGCCAAAGCAGCCAAUGGGGAAGCGGAGCUCCGCUCCGACGGUCGRUCAGGCUCCAGCAGGAAGACGGCUGUCCUCAUCCAGGUCCAGGCAGGUGGACGCGACACGUUCUGGAGCCUGCAGCCUGCUGUAGGAAACCAAACAUCUGGGCCGGGGCAGCGGAGCCACCCGCUGGACAGGAGCAGAACUGCAGUAGAACUACAGCUCAGCUUGGUGACUUCCUGA